CACCAGCCGCCAUAGCGGAGCACUUUGCCGCCGCCGAGAUCCGAGGGGAGCCGCCACCGCCGAGGUCCGAGAGGAGCCGCCGCGAUCCUCCUCUGCACGCAUCGUCGCCUGCGCCGCCGCCUAACCACGGUCUCCAUUGGCGCCGCGAUGGCCGUGGCCUCCACUCAGACCCGUCCGCCAUUGGCCCCGUAUUGUCCCUCCCGACGGGAUCCAGCCUCCACCACUGCGCAUGGUGCGACGGGAUCCACCACGGACGAGGGAAAGGCCGCGCGCUGGCGUCGUGAUGUAGUCGUCGCGUGGCGCGGCACGAUCCAGGCUCUGGAAUGGGUCAACGAUCUCGAGUUCGCCAUAGUGCCGCCCAGAGGCCUCCUCGGCGAGGCCGCCUGCACAGAUGCUUGGUGCACCGCGGCUGGAUCUCCAUCUCCACGAACAACAAGGACAACGACAGAGACCAGAUGCAUGCUCAUGCAACCAUGGAUGUCAGGCGCGGGCUGUGGUGGACACGGUUCAGUGUCAGGAGGUGAGCAUCACCAUGACGAGGCACAGCCUUGGGGCAGCGCUAAACGCGUUCGACAUCAUUGAGAAUGGUUACAGCUGCACGGCCGCUGCAUCGUACCCAGUCAUGGCGUUCACGUUCGCCCUGCACGGUGGCGGCACCGGCUUCAAGAAGCGGAUUAACGCUGCCACGGCCACCGGCCUCUGCGAUCUGUUCCGGACCGCGUCGGCGACGCUCGAGACAUUUUCCACAGCGUUGAUGAAGGGCUGGUGCUUGUGGCAGUGGCAGAGCAGUGUCCGAGAGCGCGGUGCAAGCAGUGGCCCCUGCUAUGUGGGACGAUGCGAGCACGCCGUCCAAGCAGACUUCAAGUCUGACAAUGUCCACUCUACACCAAGGUACGUGGGCACUCGUGCAAAGAUCCAACAUCUUCAUCGACUAGGACUAAGGUAUGUGUUUUCUUAUGCCCGUGUGAUGUGGUGAUAAUUGUUAUGCAUAUGUUUGUAGAUGUUAGUCAGUAUUUGGGAGAUAUGAGGUGGUUUGCCAGAUAAGAAAUAGAACAAGAAGGAGCUUUAGUUGGGCCAUGUCAUUGUGAACUUGGAGCACAGAAAUUUAUAGGAGGUGGUUGUCGUAAAACUGGGUGCUUAAGAUCUACUGAACUAUAACAUUUUUUGAGUCUACGUAAAACAAAUUUACUUUCUGGGUCUAAUUUAAUUUGCCUAUGUUAAUACCAUGGAUUAUGGGUCCAAGGACUAGUCAAGACUAGUCUGUAGACUAGUCUAUGAGUCUCAACUUCAGGGCCGACUAGACUUCAGUGUCGACUAGUCUAUUGAGUCGAAACUUCAGUGUCGAUUCGUGUCGAUUAGUCAUGCUUAGUCUAUGAGUCUCAUCCUCAGAACGACUUGUCGACUCAUCGACUCGUAAACCUUGGUUAAUACUUUCUUGCGUGAAUAGAUGGGCCAAGCCGAGCAGGCCAUCAACAACCUACUCGUGCUUUGGUUUAUUUUAUUUGAGUAUUUGUGUUCUUAAUAUUUGUUUUCACUGGUGUGUGCUCUGUCUUCUCAGGAUAGAUUUGAAUUUGUUGUCAUAGAAAAACAUAUUUUUAUCGCCUUUAAUAGUAGAGGUGAUCCAGUUAUGUAUGCAAGACUAUGCAAGAUCCUCGAUGAGGAUUGUUUUUUCUGAAUGACUUAUCCCCGAGCAGCAUCUGCAUCCUUCUGCCUUAGCCUGGUCAAUUUUUCCCACUAUGCAGUUUUGUUUUUUAAUUGCCAACAUAUUCAAACGGAGGUGUCUCCAUGUCAAGCAUGCAUCCAUUGAAAUUUGGUGUUAACCAGUUUUGGGAGGAUUGCAUCAAUGUAUCUUCCUACGAUGUUUAUCUUUUUGGUCUUUUAGCUAAUGACAAUGUGUGACAGUGCCCAGUUGUGUAUAUUCUUGGACCUUUUACAUUCGCUAUUAACAAUUCAAAAGUUAACAUGGAUCUAGCCAUCUAGGUGAAAUUCCAUUUAAUGCUAUCAAUUUCUAGCAAACUUGAAGGUUUUUGAUACUUUUGCUUGUACAUGGAUCUAGCCAUCUAGGUGAAUGUUUUUACGGGUAAGGCAAGAGCUCUGCCAAUUCAUUAAAGUUGAGGGAAAACUGUAAACAAGGCACAAAAAGAAGAGAAGGAAAAGCCCCACAAAAUAAAUGGAGGUAUGGUUGUUUUUGCCAAAAAAAAACAGUUUUUUUUUGCUAGAGAGAACAAAUUGAUGUGCAUGCACUGAUUACAUUUGCUUCAUGGCGCAAUAUGUUUAUGCUACUGUUAAAUAUGUACUCCCUCCGUUCCUAAAUAUAAGUCUUUUUUAAAAUUCCACUACUUACUAGAUACAUACAUAUAUAUAUAUAUAUAUAUAUAUAUAUAUAUAUAUAUAUAUAGUGUUACUAUUCAUAUAUAUAGGUAAAAUGUUUGGGGCACCUAGUUUGGAUCCGACCCACUAAUUCAUUUUUUGCUUACAAAUAAUUCGUAGUGCCUUUCAAAUAAUUCACUUUCCUUUUGUACUUGCAUGCACUGCCAUUGAUUGUAGAUUGGUUUCCAGAAAAUGGCAUGUUAUUAAUUCCCUCAUAAACAAUUUAUUUCCUUAAAUACUAUAGUAUCAUUAAAAAAUGGGGAAAAACUCAUAUUUGGGUACGUAAAUAUAUACCCUAUGAUUUUUUAUUAUUUGGGUACGUGUAUAUAUACCCUAUGAUUUCCCUUAAAUGCUAUGAUUUUUAUUUGGGUACGUAUAUAUAUACCCUAUGAUUUUUUGCGGAUACCCUAUGAUUUAUUCUAGAUAUAUAUAUAUAUAUAUAUAGAGAGAGAGAUAUAUAUAUUCUAGAGUGUAGAUUAACUCAUUUUGCUCCGUAUGUGGUCCAUAUUGAAAUUUCUAAAAUGACUUAUAUUUAGGAAUGGAGGGAGUAUUUUUUAUUUUUUUAUUUUGUGUUAUAAAAGAUAUUUUAAAAAUUAUUUGGCUGUGGUUUUCUGUGUUAUUUUUUAUUGUAGUAAUAGUUUCGUCAUCCAAAUGAAAAUCUGGGAUAUUACAACGAUGAUAAUACGGCUUUGGUUGUUUUGUAUAUAAAAUUAAUAAUUAAGAUAAUGAAAUAUAGUUGUUCAGAUUUUGGUCAUGUUGCUAGAGUUAAAAAAAUUAAGGAGAGAAUCUUUACAGGGGGGUCCCAUGUACAAAGGUUAUUGGGAAAACUUUGUUUUUUCCACUCUAGCUUUUUGCCACUUUGCUUAUGCCACUCUAAAAUUUUACACUUCACUUUUGCCACUCUUAGCUUUUGACAAUGUAUCAUAAAUGCUACUCCGUGGCAAAAGUAAAAUUGUAUACAUUGUCAAAAGCUAAGACACGUAAAAGUGAAAUAAAAUUGUUUGCUUUUGCCACAAAAUGGCAUUUUUUUAUCAUUUUUUAGUUUCCCCUAGGUUAUUUAGGGGGCCUAGCGGACUUGACUGACGCCGUUGUUCCCCUUCCAGACCUGGUAGAGAGAGGGGGGUUGUAUGUGUGUGGACGGAGGGGGUGGAAGGAGGGAUUGUGAGUCUGAUGCGCCCUUGAUAGAAUUGACAAGUUUGGAUUUGUAUGACGGCAAAAAAUGUGACUGUGGCCUCCGCCUAAUGCGAUUGUGAAUUCUCUGAGUAUGUGUUAAGCAUGACAUGGUGAAGAACCGCCUCAACUUCUACUACUUUCUGUGUAGAAUAGAGCUCCUCAUAAAAUGACUGAAUUUCUCUAAGAGAGACCAGGUAACAUUUAUUUCCUGUUGCAGAUUUGCUCAGCAGUGUUGGUGAAGUAUUAUUUCAGAUAACUAAAUAUAGUUUUGCUGGCCCUUGUUUAUUGGAGAUCAUCUAUUCUGUGCCAUGGAAUAUUCGAAAACAGAUGAAUUCUUGGAUUUUUUAAGGGAAGCAAGCAUCUUUGUUUGGAUGGCUCGGGAACUUUCUCAAGAACCUUAAUCUGGUCACAUGUAGGGUUAAACCUUUGGAUUCUGACCCUCUGAAUGCUUGGAUGUCCUCAAUCUCUUGAGCUCUUGAUCCUCAGACUUUAUUUUCCUUUUUACGGGUAUCCUCUAGCCCUAUGUAUUUAUGUAAAUAUGUACAAUCCUCCCUUUUUCCUUAAUUUAUUAAUGAAAAUUACACAGUAGAGGAUUUCCCUACUGUUUGCCCAUCAAAAAAGUUGAACCAAAAAAUAUUGUUUUUUACUUCAUUUAGUUUCGUUAGUUAUGUGUUGAAAUGUUAGGAGAUUAAAGUUCAUGCUCUGUUCGCCCAUGGCGGAGGCAACCAUGGCAAAGUCAUCGAGGGGCAUCCGGAUAAAGUGAGACACUGCGUUGUAUAUAUAUGGUCGUAAUAUAUAACCAGGUUCUGUAUACAAUGCAUGAUGAGUCUUCUAUAUUGUACAUUCAUACAUCUUCCAUGUAAAUUUUUUAUGCUAAUUAUAUGUGUUACUCGUGCAGGAUUGUUAUGAGUUAAGAAUGGAGUACCAUGCGAAUGAAGCGAAAGACAACAUUCCUGACGUUGUACAAGGAUAUCUCAAGCGGCGUUGUAUAGGAAUAUCUCAAAUGCAUUAAGUAGAUCUUAGUUGUAAUAGAUACUUAUCAUUGCUCUCUUCGUGUACGUUGUCGAAUUAUAUGUGAAAUUUGAGUAACGAGUCACAUAUUUAUUA